AUGAGUCCUUCAUACUCUUCACCACCCCCUCCACCUCCAACACAUUAUCCAUACUAUUCUCCACCACCACCACCACCAGAUUGCAACAUGACCAAGCCAAAACUCCCUCCACCACCACCACCACCACCACCUCCAAACUGUAACAUGAGCCAACCACUUCCACCAAUUCCAUAUAAGUAUAACUGCUCAUGCCCUCCAAACACAACUUAUAAUCCCGCUCCUCCUCCAAACACAACUUAUAAUCCCGCUCCUCCUCCUUAUAUUAUUAUUAAGUAUGAGUACAACAACAAAGCUGUUAUAGCGGUUUCCGUUUCUCUAGGGGGCUUCUUGGUCGCUUUUCUCCUCCUUGCUGUUUUCUUCCUCGCAAGGCCCAAACCCAAGCCUCAACCCGAACCCGAACCCGAACCCGAACCCGAACCCGAGCCUUGCGAUGACCAGGAUCCUCCUCAACCUCCACCUACACAUCAAUAUGCCCCAGUUGAUCAACAACCACCACCAACCGUAACCACUUCCUAUCAAGUCAUUGAGAUUCAAGAAGCUGCAGAUGUUGCUGCUGCGAGUUAUCAUGAUCAUGGUGGCCAUCACAACUAUGGCUAA